UGGACACACCUGGCCCUGCCGUCUGAGCCUGGCUCCAGCAGUUCCAUCCUCAGAAGACCUGUCCCCCUGCGCUGUGCCCAGCCACGGUACCACAUCCGGAAGAAAGAUCUCGGCCAAAUCCACCAAGCUGCCAGCGCCGGUGACGUCGCGAAAGUGGAGCAGAUCCUUUCGCUGAAGAAAAAGGUCUUGGAUGCCAGAGAUAGAAAGAAGAGGACUGCUCUCCAUUUGGCCUGUGCCAGUGGCCAUCCAGAAGUAGUUACUGUCCUGGUGGACAGAAAAUGCAAGCUCAAUGUCCCCGACAGUGAAAAAAGGACAGCUCUGAUUAAGGCGGUACAAUGCCUGGAAGAGGAGUGUGCCACCAUCCUGUUAGAACAUGGUGCCGAUCUGAAUCACAGUGACGUGUAUGGCAACACAGCUCUUCACUAUGCUGUCUAUGGCGACAACCCAUCGAUCGCAGCAAAGCUCCUUUCACAUGGCGCAAAUAAAGAAGCCAUAAACAAGGAUCACCUCACUCCACUUCUACUUGCUGUAAGUGGAACUAAAGAGGAAAUGGUAGAAUUUUUGAUACAGAAGAAUGCAGAUAUAAAUGCAGUAGAUAAAAUGAACAGCAUUCACCACCAAAUUUCAGAAUAUAAAGAAGAAAAGAUACCUGACGAUCUUUCUGAAAACAGCAAUCCAGUGGAUGGAAUAUCUGAAGACUCUACAAUCAGGAACCUGUGCUGUAUUAGACUGAAGAUGAAAAGUUUGAAGACUGCCAUGGAGUCCUCCAGAAGAAGGAUCUGGAAUCAGGAGCCCAUAAGAAGGAUGUCCACCUACCCGACUAUUGAUGAUUUAAGCAGUGUCGAUACCAAGGAUGUUUCUGAACCAAACUUAACCAACUUAACUACUGCUUCUCAGCAAUCCAGGAAAAAUUUAGAAGCAAAAUAUGCUACUGUGAGAACAGGUAAGGGAAACAUGUUUGAGGACAAGAUUUCCGAUCAUCCAAAGGAAGAUGUGUUUGAAUGCUUUCCCACAACAUCAGGCAAAGUCCAGGGCUUUUUAAAUCCUUCCUUUCCACCACCUGAGCCUCAGCGGAAACCUUCCUCCGGGUCAUUGGAAAACUGUGGUCUUACAAAGGAAGGAGCAACAAAGCCAGCAUCUGGACAAAAGGAAAAUGGUAUUGGUAUUAUUGAACAUGCUCCGUGAGAGCAAAAAGUAAUGUCAAUUUUAUUUAUGUGCACAAAAAUAACAGAAGUGGUAAGUUAGUGAAUAUCUAUGAUACUCUUUAAUCCUUAAAUGCCAUCACACACACACAAAAAAAAACAUUUAAAGUAUGCAGACCCAAAUAUAUUAUCCAUUUC